CUCCCUACUAAAAAAAUAGCAGGAAAGAGCACAUCUUUAGAAAAAUUUCCAGUCCUGCCCCUCCCCGGCGCCGGCGACGACCGCCACCACCUCCAGGAGCGCCUGCGUUGCCUGUCCGUACCCGUCGGCGGCGGCGGAGGUAGCGAUGGCGAGGCACGAGGCCGCGGGGGCGGCCACGGGGGUGGACUUCCACCUGCCCGACGAGAUCCUGGCCGUGAUCCCCACCGACCCGUACGAGCAGCUGGACGUCGCGCGCAAGAUCACCUCCAUGGCCAUCGCGUCCCGCGUCUCCCGCCUCGAGGCCGACGUCGCGCGCCUCCGCAGGGACCUCGCCGACCGCGACCGCGGCGAGGCCGACCUCCGCGCCCGCCUCGCCGACUCCGACGCCCGCCUCCUCGCCGCGCUCGACGAGAACGCGAAGCUGGUGAAGGAGAGGGACACGCUCGCCGUCACGGCCAAGAAGCUGGCGAGGAACUUGGCAAAGUUAGAGGCAUUUAAGAAGCAGUUGAUGAAAUCGCUGAGUGAAGAUAAUUUAUUGCAAUUGUCAGAAACAGGUGAAGAUCGUGAUGUAGAUGCAGAAAAUGAUGGGACCGCUCGCAUUCCUUCCUGGAAAGAUGAAGCUUCAAGCAGUUACACCUCUUCAAAUACUUCCAGCAGAUCCACAAUCACCGAAUCAGCCCAAGGACACCAGUUCUCAAUCACACCAUUUGUAGCCCCCAGAAUAACUCCUGGUUCAACACCAAUUAUUUCAUCCUCUAGUGGUUCCCCGCUAGCAUAUUCAACUGGUCCAUCCACUCCGAAGUUCUAUUCUGGUCCAACAUCGCCUACAAGAUCUCGUUCUGAAGACCAAUCGGCAUUUUCAUCAUGGAAUGGAUCAAGUCAUCAGUAUUCAGCCCCAGUCUCUCCUCAACGCCGCUCAUUUGCAGGGCGACCUCGUAUAGAUGGAAAGGAAUUCUUCCGACAAGCACGGACGCGGCUUUCUUAUGAGCAAUUUGGAGCAUUCUUGGCAAAUAUCAAGGAAUUCAAUGCGCAGAAACAAUCGAGAGAGGACACCUUGUCAAAAGCAGAGGAGAUUUUUGGAACAGAGCACAAAGACUUGUACAUUUCUUUCCAGAACAUGCUUAAUCGCAACCAAUCGUGAACCUGUCACAAGCUGCCGUAUUUCUUCAUUUUGCCAAGCUGGUUAUUCCAUUGGUAUGCCUCUUAGGACUAAACGAGUGUACCAUUUUGCCAAGCUGGUUAUUCCAUUGGUAUGCCUCUUGGGACUAAACGAGUGUACCAUUCUGCUGGGGUAAUCAUUCCUAUGCCAGGCCAUCUGUUCCCAAGAGAGUGUGUAUCGUUGGUGUUCUCUCGUUGAUCACAAGAUCAUACUGUUAGAAAUCUGUGCGUAGGCCAUUGUAGUCUGGGCAUGGUCAUCCUGAAUAACAUGAUGUAAAUGGAUAUGGUCAUGCAUGCAUUUCAACUAGGGAAAGUUUUUUUUUCUGUAACAAGUGAGAGUUGAGACUGUCAGAUAUAUUGGUCUGUGUAAUUGACUUGUAAAUUGAAGCUCGUUUUUAUCA